AUGUUCAGUAGUGAGAUUCCUAAAGCUUGGAUACUUGGAUACGAACUUUUGAAGAUGGAAAGCUGUGUGGUCAACCCCAUCACAGGUAGGAAUGACGUUCCUGGUGGUAACUGGAUUUCGAAACCAGGUUUCAAGAUGAUUCCUUCUAUCGCGCAGCGCAGUCGGUUUCGUUCAUUGUCGUCAUGUCUCCGAUUGGCCAGAGUGGAGUUACAAGAUCUCUGGGUGAUGACACCGCUUUCACUCAUCAACACUACUGAUAGUUUCGGGCCACACUUCGAGCAGGUUCCAAUUCAGAAGUCGAAUUAUCCUCUCAAAAGAGAUACAAUAACACCUCGGGAUCAGAACUAG